UAAAAUCAACCAAUAAUCGAACCACCCAAUAAAAUUGCAAAAACCCAAAAUUAUUAUUCAAACAUCUGGCAUCACCAAAUUUCCAGAAAUAUUUUUCACGCUGGAAGCGUAAUUUGUAAAUUUUAACGUCUGAAACUGUCAGACGCCUAGCGAAGCAUUUUGUAGAGGGAAAGUUCGCUCGAGAUUUCGCUUUUCGCAAUCAUACCAAGUAAAAACUUAAUCGUAUCCUUACUGAAAUUGUCCACUACGUGAUAUAGUUGUACGUUCGAUUUUGAGAUUUUAAAUGGCCCAAAAUAUUAACCCGGAACAUCCACAAUCAUCGAAUCUGACAAAACAGAGCGAGGAGACUGUCACGAUUAAAGACAAUCAUGCAGUGAGCAAAAGGUUGCAAAAAGAGCUGAUGGUGCUGAUGAUGUCGUCGGAGAAGGGCAUCUCAGCCUUCCCAGAUGGCGAGAAUAUCUUCAAAUGGAUCGGGACGAUAAGUGGACCUGCGAGCACAGUCUACACCGGCCACACGUAUCGUCUGCAGUUAGAAUUUCCCAAUUCGUAUCCAUACUCGGCGCCCAUAGUUAAGUUCUUGACGCCUUGCUUCCACCCCAACGUCGACCUGAACGGGUCGAUUUGUUUGGAUAUCCUCAAAGAUAAAUGGUCGGCACUGUACGACGUGCGGACCAUCCUAUUGUCAAUUCAGUCGCUGCUCGCGGAACCGAACAACGAAAGCCCGCUCAACGCCCAAGCGUCUGUGAUGUGGGCGAACCAAGCGGCCUACAAGAAGUACCUGGACGCGUUCUACGAAAAGCACAAGGACAUUUGAGACGCCACCACCAGCAACAACAUCACCUAUGCCACCGACGAUAUCAACACUAAUUCGAAAAAGUAGUCUUUUGGCAUUUUUUUAGCUUUUGGUUAAGUAGUCAAUCGUUUUCGCGCUUGUGUGCUCCUCUGCUCUGGCGGGAGCCAUGCUAGUUGAUGCCGUUCGUAUUGAGUCAUCGAAAAUUCUUAGUUUGCCUGCAAAUAGCGAGUUUGAUUGACCACAGCCGUCGCCUGGGAACUUUGCCAGUCGCGGCUCUUAUAGAAUGUUAUUAAGUUUUUGCUGGGUAGCCUGUGUCUGCUGCUAGCAUCGAUUUUUAGUAGGUUUGCAACGGAAGUCCACGAAUAGCCUUCUACGCAACUAUACAAACUUAGCAUGUAAAUUUUCACUGAACGUCGGCCAGCUUUUCGGCGUUUUCGUUUAUACAACCUCAUUUUUACGAUAGUUAAUAUAUACAUUGUCUCAGUUUACUCCUUGCUCUAUCUUCACUUUGAAUGGACUUUGCCUUUGACUUUUUUUUAAUGGAUUUGAGAUUAAGCGCACCAUUUUGAAUUAAAUUAUUGUGUAUGUAUG